UCUGAUGGUAUCUCACAACUUCCAUCGGAAAUUCAGGAGAUGAUCUGGAAACUUAUCGACCCGACAGACCGUGCAGCCCUUGCACUGACUUGUAAGAGUCAUGCGGCCACGUAUGAGGAACUCAAAGACAAGAAAGUCAAACAAGCUGGCACCGUUCGUCCUCGUCUUCCGCGCCCACUCCAAAUCAGUAAACCUGCUCGACUCAAAGUCCUAGUGCGCCUCCGGGACUGGAUGCCAAGGAAAUACCGCCUCUGUUACUCUUGCGGCAUCUAUCUCGAUAUCAAGAAGACUAAUAGGAUGGGGGGUCAAUGGGGAGGAGACAAGCGAUUGGUGGAGAAAGGGUUGGCAACCAAGACAGCUAUUGAGAAGGGUCCUCGAUGCCCGCUCUGUGUCCGGCGUGAACAUAUCGCCAUGGCACAGCACAAGCAAGAGUGGAAGAAGUACGUCGCACUUGGCCGUCAACUCAACUUGAAGUAG